UCGAGGGCACAUGGCGGGUUCGUGGAAAGAGCUGGCUAUAGUCGACAGUGUCUUACAUCCUCGAGAAUGCCAAGAAUUUGUUCUUCAGUCAUCACCAUUACAAACGAGCACAUCUUUCAAACAUCUCGGUGGCGGGGCUUUCCUUCGGGGUUCCAGCUCGACAAACUCUAGUACCAGCAUCAAUAACCGAUUUUUAGUCUGGCGAGCUGUAGACGGCUGCCUGGAGUUAUCUGACUUGUCACUGAACGUUUCGUUGCAUUCAAAUGGCAUUCGCAUUCAGUUUGGAUCGUGCAGACAUCUAGCCGGUGGCGUGUCUAUCAGAGAGGCUCAGAAUGGAUUAAACCUUCUUUUUUCAACAUCUUCACGCGUUCAUUGUUUCAUCUUCCCAAUCCCUCAUGCGGAAACAUCGGGUGUGUCAUCUGAGUCUCCACAUGCUUCUGUGCUGGCAUCUUUUUCUGAGGCAGACUGUUCCAAUGUUGAUGUCGAGUGGGCACCAAACAGCAUGGAACCUCAUGCAGCAUCAACGUGGUUGUCUCCCAAUGGAGACGCUUGGUUUGCACUGGCAUCUCUUGAUGGAAACAUACGAAUUGUCUUCCUUCCAGCAGAUAGACAAGCACAGUCUGUUCAAUUUGACUUGAAGCAGACAAGUAUGAUGCAACGACUAUGGAAAGGCCUCGCUCCUCUAACGAUGAGAGGAUCAUCUUCAUCAGCUGAUGCGGUGUUAAGUGUGUGUUUGCAAGAAAUUGGUGCUGAUCUCUAUGUCUUAGCUUUAUGUAGAGAUUUGAAGCUACGAAUUUGGUCUGCCACGAUUCGUGAAUGUGUUGAAAGUGCUGACCUGUCAUUGUUACUCUUGAAUGGCAAAACUUCUUUGCCAGAAGACCAAGAUCAUCGUAUUGUCUCAGUUUCUGGACACGGCAGUGAACCCAAACACAUGUUUGCUCUGUACCUGUCGUUUACAAACAAUGCCCAGGUCAGUGUGGUUAAUGUCACCAAGACAUCAUCAGGUCAUAUGUUGGUGCAGCUGGAGUCAAAUAGCUUUAUAGAGUCACAACAAUUGGGAAGGUUACUGGAUUUAACGUGCUCUGAAAGGGGAAUUUUUGGUCUGUGGUCAACUGAGAAUGGAGCUGAGUUGUGUUACCGUUCUUUUAAAAGUUGCAUCGGAUGGCAGUUUGUAGACUGGGAUGAAGGCCUAGAUGGUGGAUUUGAUGUUGCUGCAAGUGAAGAACCACGUGAGGUGUACCUUGAUCAUUUGUUUAAAAAUUUCUCAAGACAUGUAAUUGUGAAGGCAUUACAGCUGUUUCGUAGGACAGAUGUAUGGACCUUACUAGAUUUGUCACUGGAUGAGUUGAGAAGGCAGGUUUCAAUUGCAGUAGAGAGUCAGGUUCAGGAAGAAGCUAGUUCGUUUGAAAUCCAACAUGAAGAGUAUAGAGAACUGCAGCUUGUGUGCUGGCAUCGCUUCUUUGAAGGGUGUAAACAAUAUGCUAAAAUGGACAAUGAGCCACUUGGAUUGAUGGAAGACUCAGAAACUGGACUUGUUUGUGUUGUCAAGAGAACUUCUUUGUCAUUUCUUUGUCUUCGUGAGCCUCUUGAGAGCAUCUUUACACAACAGCAGGCAUCAUAUCGCGAUCAUACAGUCUUUGGAGAUAAAGCCACUGGAAAUGGCAUUUCAACACUCAUCAUGUGUGCUCGCCUCGUGAAAGAGCAGAUGGAUGAACUUAACUUGUUUGUUGAUCUGACUCUUUCAAUUAGUGAAGUCAGAGAUCAAGUAGAUAAUGUGGCAGAUGUAAUUCUUUCUCACUCAAGGACACAGAGUAAUGAUGAGAGUGCCGUUCAGAGAAUAUGCACACGACUUCAGACUAUUUCAUCACUUGUAAAACAAUUGUCUGAUCUUAUGAAGCUUUUGGAUGGAAAGCAACAUCUGGAUGAGAUCGUUGACGAUGAAAAUGAUAUUGAACAUCAUUUUGUUUGCAGCCAGCUGUUUUCAAAUUAUUUAGGGAUCAGUGUACUUUCCAGGGCUUUCACACAAACUGUCGACAUCAGACUAAGUCUCUGCCUUUCCUUAGCUGUAGUCAUUCAGAUUGCUGCCAGUUUGGGUCAAAGAGUGGGUCUCUCUAUGUCCCAUGUUUCUCAUCUCUCAUCUAAUGUUCUACCUCAAAUGGUGACUCUCUCUUGUGCUUACCACUCACUGUUGUGGAUUUGUGGGCAAGGAUGUAUGCAGACCUCAAGCAAUGCAAUGGAAGCCAAUCUACGUCAUCUCUCUGCUCUCAAUCUGUCUGAAAUUUUACCUUCUCAAAAUUUGAGUUUGCAGUCAGAGCUGCCGUUGUCACUUUUGAAUCUCUUCUUAAUGGAUGUUGGAGGAACACGUUUACGUUUAGCAUUGACGAGACACAGUCGCUUGUCAUCGCCUGCACUAACUGAAAGAUGUUUAUACUGGACAACCGCUUUAUCAAUUGCUGUUACUACUCUUAUCUACCUUCUGUGGCCAGACAAACAGGACUUAGUAUUUUGUGAGUUUCUUGUUGCACAGUGCCAGUAUACAUCAUUACAGAUGUAUCUUGACUUGCUACAUACAUUGGCACCUGAUUGUUCUGGCACGGUGUGUUUUCUUCGAGGCCAGUCAUUUUUGCAUGCUGGCCAGCAUAUGAAUGCUCACUACUGGUUCAUGAAGGCAGCCCCCUUUCUUGAUGAACCUUAUUUGUUGCAAAUGACAUCGGAGGAUGGUAGCGAACUAACAAAGAUGGAAUAUUAUGCAAAGCUUAUGCAAAUCUACGAGCUAGUGUCUGCUUCUGACUUGGUUGUUCAAGUGUCUGGUACUGCCUUACUGGAUGCUAAUCCUGAUAAUGAAAAUACACCAAUCUUUUGGUCUGGAAAAUUCAAGCAUUUAUUGGAGCUGAAUGACUUAGGAGGAGCUUACAGUGCGAUGAUCAGUAAUCCAGAUCCUGUCAGGAGGAAAGACUGUCUAUAUAGGUUCAUUGCUGUUUUGUGCGAACAAGGUCGAUUUAAAGAAGUUUGUAGUUUUCCAUAUGUUGGUCUACAAGACGAGGUGGUUAGUUUAAUUGAACUGCGAGCUCAGAGUAGUGACGUAACUACGGGGGUAUUCUAUGACUUACUUUAUUCUUUUCAUAUAACUCGGAGAAGUUUUCGUCGGGCUGCAUUUUCCAUGUAUGAAUAUGCCACUCGUUUGAGUCGAGAGCGAAAUAACUUGCAAUCGUUGCAGAAACAAGCAAAGUGCUAUCUGGCAGCUAUGAAUGCUCUUCAUAUUGUUGAAAGGAAGAGUGCUUGGAUUAUUCGACCAACAGAGUGGGAUGCUGGAAAGUUUGCUCUUGGAGGGGUGAUACCAAGACAUUAUCGUAGACCUGGCAGGCAAGGUUCCGCAUUAAAGCGAUCUCUUCAAGUAUUAGAAGUAAAGGAGUUGAAAAAAGAGUACAUUCUUGUAUUGGCCCAUCUUAAGCUAUUGCAGUAUUCUUCGGACAGUGUGAUUGCAGAAAAGCAUGGCUUGUCACCAGAAGAGACUCUGGCAUUGUUGGUCCAAGCAGGUUUGUUUGAUACAGCAAUGGAAAUUGCAAACGUUUUCAAGCUACAAUUUCAUACAAUUUUUGAAACAUUGGUAUCAAGAUGCGUGAAACUUUCAAUGAGUCCUGUCGUAGAAAAGCAAGACUGGGAAUGGCUGAAGUGGAAUGAUUCAAUGAAGAAGAUCAUAACCAAAGAAAUGACUGUGGCAGAGCAGGCAUGGCAAAUGCUGCAGUUUUAUCAGAAACGAGUAAGGCGCUUUGGCACUGAAGUUGUUCUAACGUUUCAUUCUUCCGUAACAAGUCGGCUACUCGUUCUUGGUUCGGUCUUACCACAGUGGCUUGUUGACUCCUAUUUGAAACACUUUCCUAGUGAACUCCUUCAACAUUAUCUUCAGUUUGACUUGCUGAAGGAAGCUGCUAGAGUGGCAUUGGGCUAUGUCAAUGCUGUGCAAGGACAAGGAAAGGAAUUUUAUGGCCUGCAGAAUGGGGUUCAUGCAACAGAACCGGCUGUUUGGUUGCCCUACACAGCACUGGAACAGCUUGUUGCUGCCUUGGAAAGAGCACCUGCUGGAUCUGUCGAAUGGGAGGUGAUUGCUAUGUUGACUGAAAUUCAACGCGUUGUGUCUGAAUAUCAUAACUUGUUGGAAUCUAUCAGUAGAGAUGUAGUCACUGUUGGUAACGGUGACUAAGAGAAGACGGUGUUGUGUUUUAGUUCUCUGUGAUUUAUUUUUGAUUAAUGAAGUAAAACGUAAAAGAUAAUAGUAA